AUGUCUACACCAGCAGAAAAUCCUAAAAAAGAAAGCAAGAAGCCUGCCAAGGUUGCCUUCACUUUAAAGACACCUAAGGGUACCAAAGACUACACCGAUAAGGAUAUGGCUAUCCGUGAAAAGGUUUUCAAUACUAUCACCAAAGUUUUUAAGAAGCACGGUGCUGUUACUAUCGAUACUCCUGUAUUUGAACUCAAGGAAGUUCUUACAGGAAAAUAUGGUGAGGACAGUAAACUCAUUUACGAUUUAGCUGAUCAAGGUGGUGAGCAAUGCUCCCUCCGUUACGAUUUAACUGUUCCUUUUGCUCGUUUCUUGGCUAUGAACGGCAAGGAAUACCAAAAUAUCAAACGUUAUCAAAUUGCCAAAGUAUACAGACGUGAUCAACCUGCUAUGACAAAAGGUCGUAUGAGAGAAUUUUAUCAAUGUGAUUUUGAUAUUGCUGGUACCUACGACUCUAUGAUUCCAGACUCUGAGAUUUUGAGAAUUUUAUGCGAAGCACUCACCAACUUGGAUAUUGGUAAAUUCACCGUCAAACUCAACCACCGUAAAAUCUUGGACGGUAUUUUUGAAGUAUGUGGUGUUCCUGAAGAUAAUAUCCGUCCCAUUUCCUCGGCUGUUGAUAAAUUGGAUAAAUUGCCUUGGGAGGAAGUCAAGAAGGAAAUGGUUGAAGAGAAGGGUCUUGCCCCUGAAUCAGCAGACAAGAUCGGUGAAUAUGUCAAGCACAAGGGUGGACGUGAAUUAUUGGACUACUUGAAGAAGGAUGAAGUUUUGAUGGCUAAUGCCAAUGCUGCAGCUGGUUUGAAGGAUAUGGAGACUUUGUUUGAUUAUUUGGAAGUGUUUGAAGUUAUGGAUAAGAUGUCCUUUGACCUCAGUUUAGCAAGAGGUUUGGAUUAUUACACCGGUAUUAUCUACGAAGCUGUUACCGAAAAGUCUGCUCCACCUAAAUUGGCCGAAGGCGUGAAGCCUCAAACUAAAAAGGGUUCUGAUGAGCUCGACGAAUCUACUGUUGGCGUUGGCUCCGUCGCUGCUGGUGGUCGUUACGAUAAUCUUGUUGGUAUGUUCUCCGGUAAGAAUAAGAAGGGUCAACCUAACCUACAGAUCCCUUGCGUCGGCGUCUCUAUCGGUGUCGAACGUGUCUUUUCUAUUUUGAUGGCCAAGCAAAAGGCUGAAGAAAUCAAGAGCAAUGAAACUGAAGUGUUUGUUAUUGCUGUCGGUGACGGUCUGUUGAAGGAAAGAAUGGCUAUUGCCAAAGAACUUUGGAAUGUCGGAAUUAAGGCCUCUUACAUGUUCAAGAACAAACCUAGAUUAGAUAAGCAAUUUGAUGUUUGUGAGAAGGAAAUGAUUCCUUUUGCUGUUAUUAUUGGCAAGGAUGAGCUAGAAAAGGGUGAAGUCCGUAUUAAGGACAUGAGAUCAAAGAAUGAAGCACAAGGUGGCGGUGUUACUGUUGUUCGUGCUGAUAUGAUCAAGGAAAUUCAAUCUAGACUUGCCAACAUGUAA